AUGGCCAAGCAGUUUAAUAUAGCAAUUUGUGGUUCUGCUCGUGUUGGUAAAAGUACUCUUGUUAAUGCCUUAUGUGGAAAAGAAGUAGCUCAAACAAGUAGUAGUUUAUGUUCUGUAACUGAUGAAAUGAAAAAGUAUGUGUUAAAUCGAAGUUGUCAUUCAGUAAAUGAGGCUACAAAUGCGACUGAAUAUUCUAUUACGAUUUGGGACACACCGGGUAUUGAAUCUUGGACUAAAGAUAAUGUUCAAAAGCAUAUUACGAAAAUUAUGCUUGAGAGUACACCACUCUGUAUGAUCUAUUGUGCAUCACCAGGUUCAUUUGCUCGACUCGAUCUAUUACAAUGGCUUGUCGAUGCAUGUAUUAAAUCAAAUAUUUUUUGUGCUCUUGUUUGUACAAACAAAUACAGUGGAGGAAGACAACAACGUGUUCAUGUAUUGAAUGAUUUUCAUUCGCUUCUUUCUCGUUAUCAUACUAUGACACGUGACGAAGCUAAUGUAAACUAUUAUGGAAAUGUUGCUCUGUGUACAUCAGUGAAUAGUAUUGUUUACGAAGAUAUAGAUCUUGGAGUUCAACGAGGUGUCGAAGGUAUUAAUGAACUUAUUUUUGCUAUUACAACAUCGUUAAAAGAUGAGAAACUCGCUGCUUGGUGUUACACUAUUGCUGACAAUGAAUCAUUCUGGUCGACGAUGUGCGAAGCAAUGAUAGAAAUGUACAAUAUAUGUCGUCCUCCUGUGGAAGAAUUUCUUCGGAAAGAAGGCAAAGAUAUUGCAAAAUUUUUAAUUCCAUUGAUUAUAAACGCAAUUAUUAAAAAAAAAUAA